AUGCAGCAACAUAUCAAUAUAAUUGCGAACGAUAGAGGUAAGGAACCCACUAUGCAAACGGGGGGUGAGGAGGUGAAAUUCAUUGUCGCCUCGCUCAAAACACGCAUACUCAAAGUAACCAUAGCACAUGGCGCUCAAAAGUCUGCAUUAACUCUAAGAUAUAUGAAGGGCUAUUUUCACGAAGCGAAUCGUACAGACGAAAGGUCGACCUGGAUGGAGAAACUUCAGAG